UUGGAAAUAAUCUUUUUUAUUCCAACUAUCAGUCAUUCUAUUACAACAAUGAAUAUGUUUACAAGAGAUGAAGCCUUGGAAUUUUUAAAGUCUAAUUUGGAUAUUAGGAAUAUUGAGGAAAGAAUGAAGAAUGACAGAAAGUCACUCCUGGAUGAAAUAAUAAUGAAUAUGCAAACACAUUUACCUUUUCAAAAUAUCAAACUUUUAAGUGAGCCUCCAGAGUCAAGAAAGAGACCAUCAUUGGAUGACAUAAAAGCUGACCUCAUAAGUGGUAUUGGAGGGCUGUGCUAUAAUCUUAAUGUAGCAGCCUAUUAUCUUCUGAAAGCUGUAGGUUUUGAUGUUGUACUAGCCCAUGCUACAUGUACAUCAUCCACAAAAUUCCAAGACAAUCAUGUUGCAGUUUAUGUCAGAAAUGUUGAAAAGCCUGGUGAUAGAUUUAUAGCAGAGGCAGGAUUUGGUUUCCCAACCUAUCGUGCAGUCAGUCUUGAUUUCGAGAAAGAAUCCCCAAUAUAUAUUGACUCUUUUAUUGAAUACAAGUAUAUAAAAUAUGAAGGGAAUCUUUUGCGGAUGCACAGGAAAGGUGAAUUAAUUAAGGGCACAACCAGCAAACCAGAUGGUGUACAUUUUUUCCUUGAUGGCUGGAGGAGGUUUUAUUUUGCUGACCUUACAAAGUUCACAACAAAUAUUGAAGAUUUUUAUCCACCUUUUGAUCAGGUAUUUCAAAACCCAAAAGCAUCUCCAUUCCAUUUAUCUUUUAGAAUAUUAGGUUUCCCAGACAGGAAAGCAGUCAUGGUGAUCAAUGAAAAAACCUUGAUAGAAGAUGAAAAUGGUGAGCUGGUUCCAACACAAAUUGAAGGAGGAGAUGAAGGGAUAGUUAAUGCUGUGAAAAAAUACUUUCCUGUCAUUCCAGAAGAAAUGACUAGAAAAGCAUUGACGCACUGGAGAGAAGCUACUAAAUCUUAAGUUUUUAAAACUUACAGUUAAAACACAAUGAUGAUGUAUGAGUGUUAUGUGAUACAAAUUUAUUUGAAUAAUAAAGCAUAUUAUGUACUGUUUUAUUAGUAUUAUCAUACUUUAAGUCAAUUUAUUUUAUAUUAUAUCUUUAUUGAUUUUUAAAAUUAAACCUUCAUUGUUUUAGGAACUUGAAUUUACACAUUUUAUAUUGCAAGUUAUAUAUCUAAAUUGAAAAAAGUUGACUAAUAUAGUUUAAACUAUAUACAGCUUGGGAUUAUUCUAGAAAUUUAUUUACACAAAUAAAUAUUUGUUACCCAUUAUGUAAAAAUAAACCACAUAUAAAACUGUAUAUUCUUUUACAUUAAUUUUUUAAAGAAGCAAUUUGUUUUACAUCUAAUCAUUCUAAUCAGAGUUUAAAAAACUUUAACAA